UGUUGCAGCACGUAGAUAAAUCGAGCAAGGGUUUUGAUCAUACCUUAUAUACGCAGCACGUAUCCUGGAUGGAGAAAGCUAGGCCUGGCCGUACAGUCCACCAAAACUCGAGAACAAGAUUCAAGACAAGUCCAAGAGACAGUCGCUCUCUCUCUCUAGUUAAGGCCGAACCUGUAAUCCAACAAGUACUCGAUUCAGAUCAUUAACUGAUACUAACAACAUGGUUGUGACGGAUCAAAGCAACCAUCGAGAAGAUGGAGCCCAUCUCACUUCUUACAUAAUAGUUCCACCGAGUGAAGAAGAGACCUCGCCUACCAAAGAAGGCCUUGGAAACGUGCCCAAAAGAGACGUGUGGGGCAAUGGAAUGGAAUUUGUCUUGGCGUGCGUAGGAUUUGCCGUGGGCUUGGGCAAUAUUUGGCGAUUUCCAUAUCUGUGUUAUAAGAAUGGAGGCGGAGCGUUCCUGGUUCCUUAUUUUGUAUAUGUGAUCGGAGGAGGGAUCCCUAUGUUGUUCUUGGAGGUGGGAUUGGGUCAAUUCAUGAGCCAAGGGAAUAUUUCCAUUUGGAACAUUUGUCCCAUAUUCAAAGGAAUCGGAAUUGGAACAACCAUCAUGGCCGGCAUUUGCAACAUCUAUUACAUCGUGGUCCUCGCUUGGGCCCUUCACUACUUCUUCGCCAGUUUUGGAUCGGAACUUCCUUGGGCCUCUUGUGGCAACCUAUGGAACACGGACCACUGUUUAGCAAUUGGGUCUAACCAUUCUGAUGUCACUGGCCACGCCACGGAUCCAGUGGUCGAAUAUUGGGAAAACCGGGUUCUUGGCGUGACUAAUGGCUUGGAGGAGGUGGGUGGGUUACAAUGGGAACUUGUGGGCACCCUCCUCCUGGCCUGGAUUCUGGUGUACGGCUGCAUUUUCAAGGGCGUCCACUCCUCCGGGAAAGUGGUCUAUUUCACGUCCACUUUCCCCUACCUUAUGUUAGUUGUGCUCUUCAUUCGGGGCGUUACCCUGCCGGGUGCAAUGAACGGACUCAUCUUUUACCUCAAACCAGAUUUCACCAAACUGAUGCAAUCUCAGGUCUGGAUUGAUGCGGGGACCCAGGUCUUCUAUUCCUAUUGCGUGGCUUUUGGAGGCAUGGUGGCCUUAGGGUCGUUCAAUAAGUAUCAUCGAGACUUUGUUCGAGAUUGCUCCAUCAUCGCUAGCAUCAACGCCUUUUCGUCCAUGUUUGGUGGUUGUGUGAUCUUUUCGGUCCUUGGCUAUAUGAGCUAUAUCUCUGGAAUUCCCAUUGAUCAAGUGGCAGAGUCAGGUCCUGGUUUGGCCUUUAUUGUCUACCCAAAGGCUGUGUCCCUAAUGCCAGCGGCUCCAUUGUGGGCCAUCUUGUUCUUCUUCAUGAUCUUGUUGGUGGCCAUUGAUUCUCAAUUCGUCACUUGUGAAGGAGUGAUCACAGCCUUUAUGGACCACCCAAAGGCUGUGUCCCUAAUGCCAGCGGCUCCAUUGUGGGCCAUCUUGUUCUUCUUCAUGAUCUUGUUGGUGGCCAUUGAUUCUCAAUUCGUCACUUGUGAAGGAGUGAUCACAGCCUUUAUGGACCAUUUCUCGACGAGGUUCAAUUUCCGAUAUGCUCGUGAGAUCACCUCUGGCAUUUACUGUUUGGUCAGUUUCCUGUUUGCGUUACCGAUGGUUUCGCAGGGUGGAAUCUACGUAUUCCAAAUCUUUGAUUAUUACUCGGCGAGUGGAAUGGUUCUACUUAGUUUCACAUUCUGCGAGUGCGUGGCCAUUGCUUGGUUUUAUGGUGUCAAUAACUGGUGCAAAAAUGUGGAGGAUAUGAUUGGCAGACCGGUGAACAUGUGGAUUAAAUUCUGUUGGACGUUCCUCACACCCUUUCUCAGCAUGGGUUUGCUGAUCUUUUCAAUCGUACAAUACACCCCACUAACUUACAACAACACCUACACCUAUCCGAUUUGGGGUCAACUAAUUGGUGCCGCCCUCGGGAUCGCGUCCACUGUAUUUGUGCCUCUUUACUUCUUGUACGCUAUCAUCAUGGCCCCUGGAGUGAAACUGGCAGAGAAAUUUCAUCAAACCACAAUCCCUCAAAUGGAGGAGACACUGCAUCACCGGUCUCAACAAAGAAAAUCCCAGAAAGCGAAUAUCGAUUCGCAAGAGUUGCAAUCCCUCACGGUGACAUAAGUGUGAAGGCCCCUCGGGAGAACUGAUGUUUUUAACCUCACUGCAUUCGUUCCUUUUAGGCUCAUUCUAUACUAAUUUUGUUUCAAGUUUACACUUAUUUGGACAAUAACGCUGAAGUCAUAAUACACUGUACUAUUCUCCUCAUG